UAUGUGUUGGGGUCUGGUGGCAGUCUCAUGUGCCACACAUGUUCCAGUGACCACAGCGUUUCUUAGAUUAUAUUCCCGGGAGCAAUCAGUUGAGUGCUUUGCUUUUCGAGGGGAGUCGAGGCGAAGGAGAGAUUAGUUCAGUCUGAUUCGUUUUCUCAAUACAACCGGAGGAAUUUUCCAGACGAAUGCAGUUGAAUAUCGGCCGGAACUUAAUUAGUAUACCUCGCUGAUAGUUAAAUUACGAAACAUGGAAUCUCAAUGGAAUCGGUGGAUGUUGCUGACUCUUUUUGGCCUAGUGCUGGGUCAGGCUUCGCAGGCUGCCAAGAUCCUAGUCCUGUUUCCCCACGCCAGCGAGGGUCACUUCGCAGUAAUGCGGACCCUGGUGUCGGAACUGGCCAGUCGAGAGCACAUGAUUGAAGUCUAUACGGGGCAUGGCUUGGGAGAAACCCUAGACAAUGUGACGGAAACGGUGACCGCGGAAUAUCCCUUUUGGAGCGAGUUGCAAAAACAUGCGGCGCCCAGGGGAAACCUCGCUGAUCUCGGUCGCCUACCCACUGAGGCUCUUCGCCAGUCGCUGGCCAGCGUGGGAGCCCGCGCCCUGGAUCACUUCCUCGCCCAGGAGCCCAUCCAGAAACUGCUGAAGAUGUCCUACCUCGAGUUCGACUUUGAUGUGAUCCUUGUGGACUACUUCUACACGGAGGCUCUGCUGGCCCUUGGAGCUCUUCAUCAGAGGCCAGUUGUGGGAAUCAUUUCCACAGACUUUGGCAACUACAUGGACGCCGUGCAGGAGUCACUGGUUCCCGCCGCCUGCACCCCCAUCGAUUCCGAGCGGGACUUGCCCCAGUUGGGCUUCUCCGAGCGAUUAGGCAAUAUCCGGGAGUGCCUUUCCCGCAGAAAGCGGUUCAUCGAGGAUCACUAUGGCGGACAGGAGCAGCUGGUGGCCAAGUACUUUAAGCUGCAGCACUCGAUCCCCGAACUGCAGGCUAGCCAGCUAUCAGUGCUCCUUCUCAACAGUCAUGUGCCCUUGAUGAACCCCAAAGUGAGUAUCCAGCAGAUCGUUCCCGCUGGAGGUCUGCAUAUCCGCGGUCCCAAGGAGCUGCCCUGGAACGUGAAGCGCUUCCUGGACGAGGCGCGUCCUGGAGCUAUCUACGUACAGCUGGGAAAUGAGCAGCCGUGUGGCCAGUUGGCCAAGGACAAGCUGGAUACUCUGCUUGCCUUCUUUUCCUCCCGAAAAGAGGGCAUCAUCUGGACCUGUCACGAUGUCAAGAAGCUGGACGGCUUGCCAAAGAAUGUGAUGAUCCAACAUGCAGUGCCUCAAAUUGAUAUCCUGGCCCAUCCGAGGGUCAAGGUCUUCCUGACCAACGGAGAUCUUCUCAACCUGCAGGAGGGCAUCGUGCGGAAUGUGCCCAUUCUGGGAUUGCCCCUAUUCCAGCACGAGAGGCGGAACAUGGAGCUGGCCGUGCGACUGGGAGUGGGGCUGCCGCUGGAGGCGGGCAAUGUGACAGCCAGCUCCCUGAACUGGGCAGUGGAUAGGCUGCUCCUGGAGACACACUUCCAGUUGACGAUUCGGGAUGUGUCCCUGGAGUUCAGGGACCGUCCUCUUGGCGCCCUGGCCAGCGCUCUCUUCUGGGUGAACUACGUGGGUCGGCACAAGGGAGGAGCGGCCUUGAAGACUCGUGGUGUGGGCAUCUCCUCCAGCCAACUGCACUUGUUCGACCUCUUUGUGUUCUAUGCUGGAAUCGCGACUCUAGUCGUUGCCUUGCUGGCGGCCCUGAGCUUUGGUGGCGUUUAUCUUUGGAAUAAGAAGAACAAUUCCAAGUUGACGAAAGUAAAUUAAGACUUAUGUAUGAAAAUAAAGUGCAUGCAAUGCAGUUUUUUUGCAAUA